CGUAGCGCCUGUUUCAAAACGACUCGACGUUCAGCACCAGACCAGUCUCACUGAGUUCAGUUGGCGUCGCGACGCCGCCGUCAGAGGUAUCCGAAAGUCGUGUACGACGCCACCCCCAAGUCUGCCCCUGACACAAGUGGAGACAAUCGCUGAAAAAGACGGACAGUGCGCGAUGAUAAAAGUGAACGUUGUGAUUACUCGCCAACAAUUUAUUUACACGUUGAUUAAAAAGAAAAUUGAUCAAGCGUACGAUUCGAUGUAACAAGCCAGGAUGAAAUUAAACAGCAUUAACAAGGGAUUCGUGACUGAAAAAGAAAUAAUUUGAAGGUGGUUUCAUUUUAAAUUGCUUUUUGACUUGAAAUGCCAUGUAAAUUGUGUUAGCUCCUGGUGCAGUAUCGAUGAGCCGUGAACUUGCCAACUUUGUUUCAAUCGCUCCCAGGAGUAGGGUUGAUCGUUUCGCAUCAAGGAUUAGCUGUCCUUGAUACAAAUGAUGCGUAUCAGGCUAACUGAGAUCAAGAGUAACGUGAUACGGUACGCGGUUCGAAUCAAAUGACGAACAAAUCUCGUGACUCCUUCGGCCAGCGAGAAACGAAGGGACGAAAUCGAUUGGAAAUUCAAGGGUGGACGAAGAGGUAUUUCUUAUCGAAGGACUUUUCUGUCAGGAGAAGAUGGAAAGAGAUGAUUGUUGUAGUUUGGUCGAUGAUAACUCGCAGGAUUAGCCGAGUGAACGUUAUCAAUAGUUAUAGUCUCCUAAAAUUAAUUAAACCGCAGAUGCUCGCAAUGAAUUGCAAAUUUCUGCUAAUUUUGGAUCGUUCCGGUGUAAUAACGGUUUAAAGAUUUAAUCAGUAACGCGGUUAAUUGAACGACGGACUUUUUAUACUCUUGUUUGAGGAGGCUGCGAACUGAACCCCGCAUCGAUUUCGGAAAACUUCCCGCACGGGGCAGAGGGAGAAAUAAGAAGAAAAGUCGCUGAUAAAGUGUCGCGUUUCAUUAUUAAGUGAAACAGAAACGCUUGUCCAGUAUUCAUUAAACGUGCGGUUUCGUUAUUGAAGAAAAGAUUUCAAUGAAAUAACUUUCCGGCUUCAUCAAAAGUGUUUCCCACAUUUCUAUGCUGUUCUUUUAUUAAAGGAUUCUCCUCGAACUCUCGUUCAACUAACUUUCUUAGUCUCUUAAGUAGUUUUCAGCAACCUGUUUAUAUCACUUGCUCAAAUAAAAAGCACAAAUGUUAUUUGAACAUCCACUGCCUAAAUUUGUCAUCAUAUACGUGGACAGUCGGUCUAUUUAUUUCUGAGAUGCACGCGGGGUCGUUGAUCCACGGCAGGUCGACCGAAUAAUUUUAGGCAUGCACGAAAUUGAAAACUACAGAAACGUGGUUCAAGAUCCGAAAGGAAGAAUACGGUCAAGAUCAAUUCUGGGCACGUGGCUUCUUUUCAAAAAUUGCUGAUCUUAUAGAUUUUCCCCUCUCUCUCUCGGCAACUUUUGAAGUACCAUUUGACUUUUUCAACCCUGGAAAUAUUGAAACUAGAAAGUGAACUUUUGCCAAAUUUUUUCCAAGGAAUGCGAUUGCUGAGAUCAAGAGAAUUUCGUUAUCUUGCUGGACUUUAUAGUCGCGACACACUCUCGAAUUAUAUUCCUUAGUAAUUUAUCAGAUGACUACGGUGCUUGUGCUUGGAUUAUCAGACAAAUUAAGAGGCGUUCCUGGUAGAAUUCGAGCAUCUUCGAAUACGCCCGGUUAUAAAUUCGCGAGGCGUGACUGAUUGCUAGACUACUCGAUCCCAGUGAUAAAUUGCGCGCAGAAAUUCGGUUGAAACCUGCCAACCGUUCUCUUCGAACAUGCAUCAUAAAUGAACGGAUGAAAUCCAUGAUACGAAAAACAAAAUAGUCUCCUAAAUAAGUAAAUAGCUUGUUCGAUCAUAUAAUCAAGUGAUAUUUAAAGUAAAACAAUGUGCUAGCCGAAAUUUAAAAAGACAAUGCGGAGUGAUGAGUGAUUUUAAAAAUCGUCAAACUUGAUACGUCGUGAUUAGAAGUAAUUCAAGUUAAAGUCUGAGGAUCGGAAAUUUUCUACGAAGAUGUCCAGUUCGCCAGGCUCGCGGAAGGGGCCACCCCCGAGGCCGAAGAUUCAAAUUCCGCUACCGGGGCAGUUUUACCCGCAACCCGGUAUGGCAUACGUGUCAACCCCGUACGGUCAGACACCCAUGACUCCUGUUUCUGGCCAGCCGCAGAUGCUUUAUUCGAAUAAGGCCAGCGAGUUCGUCUUCAGCCAGUUCAAAGGCAUUAAGGAUUUCACGAAAUCCGGGUUAAGCGUCGGCGAGAAGAGCGCUUUCUGGCUUUAUGAGAAGGUCAGUUCCUGGAGCAAACGGUGGUUCACGCACAUUUUCUUAUUUGUUGUCGUGCUUUUGUAUAGUAUCGGGGGCGCGAUGAUAUUCGUCACGAUCGAAGGGACCCACGAAGACGUCAUGCAUGGAAAUAUUCAUAAGGAGAGGUGAGUACUUAACAAAUAUCGACGA